UCAUUGCAUUCUUGCUCGACGUUCGUGGGUUCGUCUGGUUCGUCUAUUUUCUCAAUUUUACAGAAGUUUUUCAAGGCGUUUGCAGCGAAUUUUGGAUUAAUUUAAAAAGAUGUCGGAAGUCACGGCCAAGAUUCCAAAGCCUGUCCUACGUGGGCUGCACAAUGCCACCAUUAAACGCAAUCUUAUCGUGGCCGGGGUGCUAUGUGUGAUUUCCGUGGUAGUCACCAAAUACGCAUAUGUUGAACCAAAGAAGCAGGCGUACGCUGAUUUCUACAAGACCUACGACGCCAACAAGCACUUCGAGCGUAUAAAGAACGCUGGACUGUUGCAGUCUGUAAAAGACUAAAAAGGACUUGUUAUAAUAGUUCGGUCGUAUUCUGUGCAUACAUUUAACUUAAAUAAAAUGCAAAUAUCUGGAUAGCU